AAACCAAGCAGAUGUGUGAUGUGUCGGGUCGGGUCAAUUUAUUACGACAAAAAUGUGAUGUAGUUUCGCGUGUGAAAAUUUGCGGGAUGUUUUUGUUGACAUGUUAAAUGAAUGGAAGCGCUUCAACAAUUAGUGAGUCUUUUCGCCGUUUUUGAAAAUCUUCCCUGAUACCGAAAGCCAGUUGGUUGCUUCUUUGGAAUUUGUGAUAACCAAUUCUAAUUGAGGCUCAAAAAUGGCAAAGUACCCGGCAAAUCUUCCUCCAUUUGAAAUUUCCGAAAAUGGCUACAGUUCUUGGUACGAUGACUGCCCCUGCUGCCCAUAUGGGUACCAUAUCGACCUGGACUUCGUGCGGUACUGCGAGUCCAUCGGUAAUGAGGCCAAGAACCGCAAGAGUUCCAUCAAGCGCAGAAAAGAUAAUAGAAGAAAGCAAAGGCAAAGCAUGGAAAUGUUGCUUGGAUUAACACCACCAGUUUUGGCUGUUUUAGAUGAAGCUUAUAAAAAGACAAGCUAUUCCCAAGAACCGCCAAAAAUAAUUCAAAACCAAGCCGCCAAAGCCACACAGGAUUUUCUCUUCAACGGCGGUUUUGAUGAUGCUUUAUCGGAUUUCGAAGAGGCCCUGCAAAAAUCUAAUAAAACCCAUUCACCUAAUUAUUCACAAGAUGUUACAGAUAUCUCAGAAAAUUUACGGAGGGUUCCAUCGGUUUCGCCCGUAUCAUCCCCAUCUGGAUUUGUCAAGGUGCUUCCAAAUAAUCGGAAUGGACCAUUAAAACCGGACUUUGACGCUGUCGGCAUUGAAUGUUGCCCUAAUCCUAUGGCAUUGCAGAACAUCAGGGAAUCUUUAGCUUUGAGCCUUGAAAGGACCAAAGUGUUGGAACAACAAGUUAAACUUAUACCAAGCUUACAGGAUGAAUUGGCACGUAUUCGUUCCGAAAACCAACAUUUAAAUCAGAAAUUAAACGCGAAAGACACUGCCAAACUGAAUACAAUAAAUGGCAACUACAUUCAAGCGGUACAACAACCGAAUCGCACAAGAUCGCAGAGUUUUUCAUACAUCGAUAGCUUCGAUGAUGAUUUAAAAAAAGUGCCGCCCCCUCCGCCUCCACGUAAAGACUUUGGGGUGAUGUGUGGAGUGUUGACUAGAAACAUUGGUGUCGGUCAUCAGAACCCCAACACAAAACACGCUUCGACAAUAACAAAUGAGGUUGCUGAUAAAUGGUGGUUGCCUGAUAGAUCCAAGGUAUUUGGUCUUCAGAAACCCAACACAAAACACGCUUCGACAAUAACAAGUGAUAGAUGGUUGCCUGACAAAACAAAGUUUUUUAAGGCGCCGCCUUUGAUAAGCCCGAAGCCCAAGAUAACUGUUACAAAAGGCACUCAAACGCUUCUGGUCAAAGAAAAGAGAGAUAUGGGAAUACAGACUUCAAUUUUGGAGCCCAAAAAAGUACCUGCAUAUACGCAAACAGAUAAAAUUUUAAAGCCUCUAGUAGUUCAUACUGGCUCUUUAGCAGUUGCAAAGACAACAGAAAUGGGAGUUCAGAAAAACGUAGAAUGUUAUUCUGUUGGUAGUUCAGAUGACACAAUUGAUAAUGUGAUUUGCGAAAACUGUAACGCUUCAAAACGGUCAGUAGGUGUAGGUCCUGAAAACACUGAAGAUAUUCAUACUUCACCAGUAUCUUUAGCAGCUUUAAGCAAUGGAAGUGAUUCAUUCAAUUUAGGAGAGGAUAGACUUGAUCUGCAAAAAAAAACACGCACUAUAGCCUCUCAGUAUGAAAACAAUUCAGUGAGCAAAUCUUUACAAGUUGAAGUCAAAACUUCCUCAAAGUCUACGCAACACGAAAUCAAAUUGACAGAAAAAAACACCCAGUAUGAAAACAAUUCAGUAAGCAAAAAUACCGACACCAAAGACCUUCAAACGCCUACAAAAUCAAUUGGUUGCGAAGCCAAGGAGGAACGACCAAAAACUGCAGAAAAGGGCAGCAGUACUAUAAUCGAAGAAAAAGAAGUUUCUGAAGAGAAAAUAUGUGCCAAAUGUGACAGCAAAGAAAUGGAAACGUCAAGGGAAUUAAAAAAGGAUGGCCCUGGAAGUCCAAAUCCUAGUAGGAUACCUGUACCUACAACUCCAAUAGAAGCCAGGAAGUUUAGGAGACAGGAUACUUAUACAAAAAUUUAUUCCACAUCUCCUACCGAUAAAUCUCCUUUAGAAACUUAUAAAUUGUCAGGAUUAGAUCUGUCGCCUAAAGCCAUAUCAACAGAGUCAAUCAGCCCGUUCGAUAAAGUUAAACAAAAUCUUCGUCUUGAUGCCUCUGCAAGCGCUUCCAAUUCCAAAUCGCAAAAUGGCGUUAAUUUAGCUCCGAUAACGAAAGUUCAAAUACAAGAAACAAUACUGCCAGUGUCUGAGUCUACAAUAUUUCAAACACCUGCUCAAAAUAGGAAAAAGGCCACUCCUAGUAAAGAAAUGCAAGGUGCCAUGAAAGUACUCAAUGAUUCUCUUCACAAAAGCCCGACAAAAGCAUUACAAAACCACAGCGCAAUAAAUAUAGUUACACAAGAAUGGUUCAAAAUUUCUAGUUUGCUCACAGCAAAUCCGUUGGACGUGGAAGACUACCUAGACGCUCUAGAAGACGUAUCUUCUCUACUUCUUCAGUAUGUUGUCAACAUGACCGACGCUAGUGGCAACACGGCCAUGCAUUACGCAGUGUCCCAUGGAAAUUUUGACGUUGUAUCCAUAUUGUUGGAUUCAAAAGUUUGUGACAUUAACAAACCAAAUAAAGCAGGUUAUACUAGUGUUAUGUUGGUAUCAUUGGCAGCAGUCAUGAGCCAAACUCAUGCCAAUGUGGUUAGAAGAUUGUUCCAGUUGGCCGAUGUUAAUAUUCGAGCUUCGCAGCAUGGCCAAACAGCAUUAAUGUUAGCAGUAAGCCAUGGUCGUCUUGACAUGGUAAAAAUGCUUUUAGAAGCAGGUGCUGACAUCAAUAUUCAGGAUGAAGAUGGCAGCACUGCUCUAAUGUGUGCUGCCGAACAUGGACACAUCGAGAUUGUUAAGCAUUUUUUGAGCCAGCCGGAUUGUGACUCUAGUAUUACUGAUGUGGAUGGUAGCACACCACUGAAAAUAGCAAUGGAAGCAGGACACAGACAAAUAGGAGUGCUUCUCUAUGCUCACGAACGAAAUUUCCAGAAAGCUCACCCAAAUAAACUUAAAAAGACUAAAUCUAACAGCCCAAAAACCCCUUCUUCCCCACUUCCUAUUAGAAGUAGUCACCGUGCCUUAACUGAUACAAAGAAAUAACUAUUUACCUUUACGGGAAAAAAUUAUCCUUAAUACACAAAGUAUAAAAUUUAUAUUGAAGUAUUAAAUAUUAGAUGAAAAAUGUUUUUAGAAGUGUUUGUUGAAAUUUAGAAACUUACUUUUGAUAAUAGGUAGGUGGCAAUAAUUUCAUAGACGAAAAGGUAACUUUUCUGAUCUUUGGCAGCUAUUUUUGAAAUUUGAAGUUUUAUAAUGACAGGCAUUACGUUUUGUCUUGAAAAAAAAUUGAAAUGAAUUUAGGCACAUGAUUUCGUCCAAAUUAGGUUUAAAAAUGUUUCUCGUUAAUUAUAUUUAUUCUUUUAUCAAUAUGUAUAACAUUGUGUAUUAAUGUUAUUUCUGUUUUUUUUUUAAAUUAUAUUUAGUGUGUCAAUAUAUUAUAUUUCGUUACUUAAUUAUUGUUAAUUGUUAUCAUGGAACAUUGAGAAGUUGAUUGUAAAAAACCAAAACCAAUUUUUUGUAGUGUUUCGUAUAUACCCAUUUACUAAUUACCAGAAACUAAUUACCUACCUGUAAUUUCAGUAAAAACAAAUGUUUCCCAUGUACACAUAACAAAAUAAUCAAUAAAAUAAUCAAUAAGAAUCUGUAUCCUAACAUUCCAUUAUUUUAUUUAAGUUUUUACUAUAAUUUAUAUAAUAUAAUGUAUUUUUCUGUCGAUAAUAAAAUUGUAUUUUAGAAUGUAAUAUUCAA